AUGGUAUCGUAUGGGUGUACGGAGCUCACUCAGCCGGUUUUAGCGUUUUGGCCCUCAUGGCUUGGACGCACAUUUGGAUUGGAAGAUGUAACCCCGACCGUUGAGGGGCGUCAGUCGAACCCACCAACGGAACAACUUUCUUUGUUAUCAUGUGUUCCACCUGCCACCAAUGUGCCCACCACGGCCCAUUACUUCCAUCCAAGACCAUUGGACAACAGGAGGACCCCCUUGGUUGUUGCAAUGACAAAGUACCCUGGUCUCCUGCUUCUUGGACUAUUGGCAAGUCUUGUGCUGCUGUUGACAGGAUCACGGUACCACGAUGUAUCUUCUUUGGUGGAUGCGUAUCGAGGACUCCGGGAAGCGUCGCCUUUCGAGCACGAUAAACCCAACCAACGGAGUAAGCCACGGGGAGAUGUCAGGGUUGACUUUUACCGCAUGUACGACGAGAAGGAGCUGCUUGGCAUCCCCUACCGAGAUCACGUCAUAUCCAAAUGGCGUCUCUACGUGCAAGUCUUCCUCUUGAACUAUUGGUACAAUGGUCGAGUACGAUUUUUCAUGGGCGAUAUCUACAGCUUUGGCGACCCGGACGGCAUUUACGAGGAACCGGUCAAUUGUUUUGAGGGAGCACUCGAGUUUUCCUUUUUAGGCAAUGGCUAUAUCCAGAACGCCAAUCACGUAUCCGUCUUGAUAGUGAAACGAUUGAACGAAAAUCUCUUUGGAUGCGUCAAUCCCAUCAACGUGCCAUUGGGCGGAGUGGUUGGGUUUGCUCCUGCCAUGGUCUUGGGCAUGUCCAACGAAAACACUGCCGUUGUGAGUUCGACGACUGCUGGAAUCAACCACAUUGCAGGGAUACUGAUAUCACAUGAAAUGGGACAUGUCUUUGGGUACCAGCAUACAUCCGUGCGGGAUGAAGAAUUAGUGGUCCGGUAUCUCUCGGGUUUCUGCGGACUCAACCUUCGAUAUCCGCAAUUCAAUUCAGAAAUCACAGAAGCAUUGAACGAGAUUGUGUGGGAUAUGGUAACUGGUGAACGAUAUGAUUACGAAGACUGGAAAGGUCGAACCAACAUUAUGUCCGAUACUGUUUUCAACGCUUUUCAACUAACAUCCGUUUGGAAGGUGGGCAUGUACGAGAAGCAAUACAAGCCAAUCUUUGAGACGAUACUCGAUUGUUGGUUCAAUCGAUCGAAAGUUCCAAUCCAAUACAGAAAUGAAUCAGAACCCGAAAUCUCCUUUGAAGACGGGGGGUUGUACUGA